CUGUCGCUCCAUUAUUUGUACAUCGGAUUUUAUCACAAUUAUACUGCUCAGUGCCACAAUCUGAGGUGAAAGGUAGCGACAAAUACAGAAUGCCUAUAGCUUCGCAUGACCAAAGUUCACAAUCCGCAAAAGCUGCAAGCAAAUGAGCUCUGUAAUGUUGACGAUAAACCAUGCAGGCGGCAGAUCUCUCGUGGACAGGUAUGGUGUACGACAUUUGCAUCGUUGGGGCCGGAUUAUGGGGUUCGUCAGCGGCCAGACACGCCUCGUUGCCUGGUCGCAAGGUGUGUCUUAUAGGACCCAGUGAACCACAGGAAAAGGAUCGCCCUUCGCGGGACAUUUUCGCCUCUCAUUAUGACGUCUCACGUACUGUGCGCAAAUAUCAGGGAAGUGAUCACAUUCGGAGUUUGAUGACAAUGAGAGCUUAUAAAGGUCUUCAAGAAUUGGAAAGAACCACAGGCAUACAACUCAACGCAGCAGUGGGUCACAUCAUGUAUGGAAAAGAUAUCGAAAGCAUAACGGUGCCAAUAGCCAAGGAAGAAGGUGUUCUCUUGACGGCAGAGGGCGUCCGUGAAAGGUAUCCAUACUUGGACACCAGUCGAUAUGGCGACACCGCCAUGUUGUUACCAGUUGACGCCGGCCACGCCAACCCUCGAAUGAUCGUCCGUGCGCAGCAAGAGGCAGCCGCCCUCCGAGGCUGUGAUAUUAUUGAUGACGUGGUGCAGUCCGUGGAGGAGUCGGGGAACCACACUCACGGCGAGCCAUUGAUGAGGGUUGUGAUUGAGAAAGGGCGUCCCCUCCUUGCAAAGAAGGUGUUACUGUGCACAGGCGCGUUCACACAGUUAAAGAAUCUUCUACCGCCCUCUACAAAACUGGAUUUUGGAAUUGACGGGACGUUCACAGUUCGACUGGAGGUUGGGGAAGACGAUUUGGAGAAGAUUUCCAGCAUGCCUACUAUGACAUCGUUCACAGACCCUGAAUCGAACUGUUACAUGCUUCCGCCGAUAAAGUACCCGGAUGGGAAAUACUACGUGAAGCUAGGACCAGGCUACCAGGACCAGCGAAGACUGACCAGCCUCAAGGAAGUCAAAGACUGGUUUCUGUCUAAGCCCGAUCCGAAGUUGGUGGAAAAAUACAGAGAUUUGCUUUUGAGUAUCGUUAAAGGUUUCAAUCCAAUGUCCGUCAAAACCGAUAUGUGUGUAUGCUCACGCACGCCGACCGGACUCCCCUACUGUGAUAUGGUAUCGUCCAAGGUCGGCCUUGCGAUUGGUGGAAACGGCUUUGGGGCGAUGCUAUCUGAUGAGGUGGGGAGGAUGGCCGCUGAGAUGAUCGCUGGAGGGGAGAAUUGGAAUCGAGACAUACCGAGGGAGAUGCUGAAGGCUCAGUUCAUCACACCGCCUUCAAACUUGUGAUUUAAUAAUGCAAUAGCUCACCGAUAAUUCUCUUCUUUGGGGUUUGGUAAAAACCAUCGUGCAUGAUCAUUUAGCCUUUUGGCAUUUCUUUUUCUUCGAAGCAACAAAAUUGCCAGAAAUCUGGCAUAGAACCUUCUCUGUUCGGUUGAUGCCACACAUUUAAAAGAAAUAAACCCCAAAAUUAAACAAAUUCACAAUUUUGAGGUUUCGUAGGCCCAUGUCAACGCAUGUAUUGCCAACGCAUAAAGUGUGCCCGCUAACACACUGUUUUAGAGCUACCUUAAAUGAUUGUUUUCUUUGAAACCAUUUGGUGCAAUAAUUUAAAAGAUACUUGGGAUCAGUUUAAUCUUCACUUUGAGUGAGUAUUUCACAUAUAAAUUGCUUGGUACUUGUCUGUGUGAUUACCAAUGUUCCUAACUGCCUUCAAUACGGCACUGUCAGGCAGAUAAAAGUGUCAAAGUACUGUGCGCCGUCUCAGAAGUUGACUUCUCAGUUUAAGCCUCUGUUUACAAAUGCUAGACUUUGUUCCAGUUUGUUGACUCAAAUAUUGGCUUGCCUUCAAUGAUUGUUAUCAUUUGUUUUAACUUCAACGUUUUUUUUUUUAUAGGAAAUUUCGUAAGAGAUGAAAAUAAUACACGGUCGGCAUGUGACAUCGUGGCAUCCAAUGCCGAGUUAAUGUAUAGGCUAUAAAUAUAACAACUGUUCCUUUGAACUGUGAUUCUGAUGUAAUAUGCAUAUUCAUGUAAACUCUGACCCAAACUGCAAUAAAUGUACAUUAUGAUAUAGUGUGGCCAAAUGACAAUAACGGCUCAUGCGUAAUGUGCAUGCAACUAACCCAAGAAAUGAAACUGUUGUGCAGGCUGCCCUGGUAAUGGUCUGUUAGGUCAGGGUAUUGCUCGACCUUAUAAGUGCCAUCUGACACGUACAGAUUGCCGACAGAGAACAUCAAAUUUCAUUUCCUUAUUUGCGGUUCAGUCAGUGAAACUGCAUUAAUUAUUAUGUGAUACUAACCACUGAGCUUUAGGUUUUUUUUCUCAAAGUAACAGUCUGGCAAACCUACAGAAUGGUAAAUUUUUGAUAACCAGAACAUUUAUUAUUUUAAUUAUGACAAAAGAUAAAAAAUACAAAGAGCGAAGAACUUUGCACUUUGCGAACUCAUGUCUGUGUAUUUUGAUAAUAAUGAUUUCCCUAUACUCUUCCGUAUUAAGCAGUCGCGAUUGCGCACGUCGUGUUUACAAAGCCACAUGAAUACACUUCCCAAUCUUCCUUUAUCGUUAGAAGUUGCUUUGGUUUUUUUGUUUGUAAAGAUGACAUGAACUCAGGGAAACCCGAGGCCAGCCUUUCCACCGGAUGUGUAGGGACUGCAAAGUAGACUGUUGUCACAAUUCUGCCACAUGCUGCAAGUUGAAGCAUCUGGUGGAGCAUCUGAACUUCUGAAACAUCUUUCAAAAAAGUUGUGCCUGAAAUUAAAAAAAAAAGUAAUCAAAAUUUGAUGCAGCCUCAAAAUAUAUGUAAUACCAAAACCGUUUUGCAGUUAAUGCCGUCUUUAUUUCAUGAGUCAUUUUGUUUUAAUAAAAGGGUACUCAACAAUAAAAUCAAUCAAUAAAAGA